UUUCCAGCUGCGGAUGUCUCCACCCUGAGCGAAGCCGUGCCCAGCGAGAGCAGGUCCGCAGGCAUCCAGACCAGCCUGCUGUCGCCUCUCCUCGCAGAGACCGAGUCGCCCUUCGAUCUGGAGCAGCAGUGGCAGGACCUCAUGUCUAUCAUGGAAAUGCAGGCUAUGGAAGUGAACAACACCACCGCUGAAACCCUGUACAAUGGCACGAGCGGAGACCUGCUGGCUUCGAACUACAGCCUGGCUCCCACCACUCCCAUCAAUCAGAAUGUCAGCCUGCAUCAGGCCUCUCUGGGUAGCUGCUCGCAGGACUUCUCCCUCUUCAGCUCGGAAAUCGAAAGCCCCUCCAUAGCUGGCAGCUCGGCCCUGCUCCAGCUGGCGCCGGACAACUCCACCGGCCUCAACACCACCUUCGGCUCCACCAAUUUGAGCGGCAUCUUCUUCCCUCCGCAGCUGAACAGCACGGUCAACGAGACGGCCGGCCCCGAGCUGCCGGACCCCCUGGGGGGUCUUCUGGACGAAGCCAUGCUUGACGAGAUCAGCUUGAUGGACUUGGCGAUCGAAGAAGGUUUCAACCCGGUGCAAGCCUCGCAGCUGGAAGAGGAAUUUGAUUCUGACUCAGGUCUCUCGCUGGAUUCCGGCCACAGUCCUGCUUCUCUGAGCAGCUCAGAAGCUUCCUCCUCCUCGUCCUCCUCCUCUUCCUCCUCGUCCUCUUCCUCCUCCUCCUCGUUUUCUGAGGAAGGAGCUGUCGGCUACAGCUCAGACUCUGAGAACGUGGACUUUGAAGAAGCAGAAGGGGCGGUUGGCUACCAGCCAGAGUACAGCAAGUUCUGCCGCAUGAGCUACCAGGACCCGUCGCAGCUGCACUACCUGCCCUACCUGGAGCACGUCGGCCACAACCACACCUACAACAUGGCACCGGGGGCCCUGGACCCCGAGGAGCCCAAACCGCCCAGCGCGGGGAAGAAGAACAGCAAGGAGAAACCGUCCGAGUUCCUGGACAAGCAGAUGAGCCGGGACGAGCACCGGGCCAGAGCCAUGAAGAUCCCCUUCACCAACGACAAGAUCAUCAACCUGCCGGUGGAGGAGUUCAACGAGCUGCUCUCCAAGUACCAGCUGAGCGAGGCGCAGCUGAGCCUGAUCCGCGACAUCCGGAGGAGAGGCAAGAACAAGAUGGCUGCUCAGAACUGCCGCAAGAGGAAACUGGACACCAUCCUCAACCUGGAACGGGACGUCGAGGAUUUGCAACGGGACAAGUCCAAACUGCUCAGGGAGAAAGUGGAAUUCCUUAAAUCCAUCCGUCAGAUGAAGCAAAAGGUGCAGAACCUCUACCAGGAAGUGUUCGGCCGCCUGCGGGACGAGAACGGGCAGCCCUACUCCCCCAGCCAGUACGCCCUGCAGUACGCCAGCGACGGCAGCGUCAUUUUGAUACCUCGCGCCGUGGCCGACCAGCAGGCGCGGCGGCAGGAGAGGAAACAGAAGGACCGGAGGAAGUGAAGGGACAGCGACGCGGGAGGAGUGGGACACUCGCUCAAGGGAGAACUGGAGAAGGGCUGAGCCUGGAAGAACUUAGAGGAACUUUCAUGCCUUCUUAUCCGAUAUAUCUUCUCAAAAAAAAAAAACAAACGUGACUGCUGCCGGUCAGUGUACGGGAGAGGCUGCGGGACCUGAGGCUGCGCUGGGAGGGCUCCCGCGGGGAGGAGCGGCCCCUGCACUGGCCAGCCC